AUGAGUUCUAUAACUUAUGUGAAGAUGUUCAGGGUUUCAACAUUCCUCUCCCCGUCGCUCGCCCUCCGCGCGCCCUCCCCGUCGCCGCCGGCCCGCGGCCGCCGCCGGCCAGCCGCCGGCCCCCGCUCGCCGGAUCCGCUCCCCCCCCUCCACUUCCCCCCGCCUCCCCUCGCCGAAUCGACGCCGGCCGGCCGCCCGCCCUCCCCCCGCCUCGGCCCCCCGUCCCCGGCCGCCCGUCGCCCCCCGCCCCGGCCGCCCGUGCCCCCCGUCCCCGGCCGCCCGUCGCCCCCUGCCCCGGCCGCCCGUGCCCCCCGUCCCCGGCCGCCCGUCGCCCCCCGCCCCGGCCGCCCGUCGCCCCCCGUCCCCGGCCGCCCGUCGCCCCCGUCGCCUGCCGGCCCGAGGAGAAGGGGACUGUGGGCUGUGGGGAGCGCCACCGCCGUCCCCCACCACCUGAGGGACCUGGUCGAGCAGGAGCAGGCAGGGCCCUGUUUUGGAAAGCUUGCCGUGUAG